AUGUCAACAUACAAACUUUAUUAUUUUAAUGCUCGUGGUCGUGCUGAAAUAUCUCGUUUAAUAUUUGCUGCUGCUGGUCAACAAUAUGAAGAUAUUCGUUAUGAUUAUAAUGAAUGGGCAUUACAUGCAUGUGAAAUGCCUUUAGGUGAAAUACCUGUUCUUGAAUUUAAUGGGAAGAAACUACCACAAUCAUUAGCAAUUGCUAAUUUUCUUGCUAAACAAUUUCAAUUAACUGGUAGAGAUAAUUUUGAACAAGCACAAGUUGAAGCUGUUGUUGAAACAAUUAGAGAUAUAAUAGCAAAAUAUAUACCAGUUCGUUGGGAAGAUGAUGAAAUAAAAAGGAAAGAACUGAAAAAUAAAUUUCUUAAUGAAGAAUUACCUGAAUACUUACAUAAACUUGAAGUUUUAGCUAAACAAUAUGCUGAUCGUGGUCCUUUUUUCGUUAAUAAUCGAUUAACAUGGACAGAUUUACUCUUCUAUAAUACGGGAGAAAAUAUCCUUGAAUUGGAUCGAAAUUGUUUAAAUAAUUACCCGUGGUUGAAGCAAAAUCGUGCAGAAGUUGCAAGACAACCAAAAAUUGCAGAAUAUCUCAGAAAUCGUCCCAAAACACCAUUUUAA